ACAACAGCUGAGAUCUGAGCCGACAAACGUAAACGGAGUGUGCAUGAGUGAACCAACCUCACCGGUAUUUCAUACUUUAUCACCAGAUUUCGAAGCGAAACGACAAAAUAUUCAACUAUUGACCGUCUCUUUCAUGUUCUUGAGGAACAGGCUAAUAUAAGACCUACAGAACCCAAGUUGAACCUCUUAAUCUGAACCUUCAUAUUUUCCUGCUGAAAUGUCACAUGAUCCAUCUUCCUGCCUUUAGUAGCCAGCUACGUAUUCAAGGACCUGUACCUAGGCUACACAUAUGCUGCAAUAGUGAGCUCCAUUCACUACUACACAUCCUGCUUGCCCAACUUGCUGAAACUGUUACAUUCCAUCAUAGAAUAGAAUAGGUGGUCUGCAGAAUAAGCCAAAAUCAGACAAUAAACCAAAAUCAGACAAUAAACAUGGCUUCUCAGGGGCCAGUGUCCUCUCCGCAGAAUCCCAGCGGUCAGUCGUCCAUACUAAGUGGUCAACAACCCAAGGAGAGCUUGAGCACCCAUUCCUUUGGCCAUACCAUGGCCAUUCUUCUGGACAGACAGAAAGUAAAGCUAUGUCGAUCCUUGUGCAGACGCGGUGUUGUUCUCUUCCUUAUUGGCAUUGUGAUGGCUCUUGUACUUAAUCUUCUUCAAGUCCAGAAUAAUGUCACCUUGUUCCCCCCUGAGACUCUGGACAGUAUUUCCUCCUCGGCCUGGUGGGUUGCACCUUUCUGUGGCUCUGCUGCUGUUCUUGUUGGCCUCCUCUACCCAUGCAUAGAUGAUAAGCUUGGAGAGACGCCAUAUUACAAGAGAGAGUGGUCCCAUGUCAUGCGAUGUCUUGCCGUCUUCGUAGGAAUUAACCAUGCUUGUGCUAAAAUUGAAUUUGGCAAUAAUCUCCAAUUUUCUCUGACAUUGGCUGCAAUGUCCCUCGGUCUAUGGUGGCUCUUUGACCGAUCGAGGAGUGGGUUUGGUCUUGCCCUCACCAUUGCCUUCUUAGCCACUCUCAUCACACAACUCCUUGUCUAUAAGGGAGUUUACAGGUACACUGAACCCGACUUCCUUUACGUGCGUUCUUGGCUUCCAUGUGUGUUCUUCUCAGGAGGUGUAACAAUAGGCAAUAUAGGCAGACAGCUUGCAUUGGUUGACCGUCAGUUUGCAAAGGAACACAUGAGUUGAAUUCAUUAGAAUGGAAGAAAUAGACUUCUAUUAUGAGAUUAUUCUUGAGACAAAGAACUGACAACUGCAGCUGAAUGUAGAAAUGCAAGCGAAGAGGCUAGAUGUCGCCGAAAGCAUAGCAAGAUGGCUUCAGAAGCUGAUGGCAUAUACAGACUGGAACAACUGCAUGUCGGCUUGUAUGUAGCAUGAUAAAAUUUGCUCUCUUGAGGACAUAAUUUAUAUGCUGCAUGUUGCAUUGAUGUUGGAACACUGCAGAUGAGCCUUGGCAAGUAAAUGACAUCUGAAUAGUUCUGCGACAUCUGUAACAGCUGCGUGAAUACUGCCGAAAGAUAUCCAUAGAGCUGCAUUGGUGCCUUCUGCUUAGUCAUUUCUUAUGGAGCAAUUGUUGCAGGACAGCAGGGUUGAGAUGCGACCUAUUAAUGCAGUAUUUAAGAGCUUUUGAUGCAGACGUAUGUUGUAACGUCUAUCAUGGCAUGAUUAUUCAAGGGAACUGAUUGCCCAUUGGCUACUUAGCUGCUUCCUGCAUCCAGAUCGGACAAUGUAUUUCCUGAGAAUUGACUCUUCGCUUAGGAGGACAGGGAGUAGAGACUUAUUUGUUAAGUGUUAUGCGCUAUACAGAAACUGACCAUUAUUAUUUUUUUAUUAUUAGAUAUGAGCAUGCAUCUUGAUUGCUAAAGCUCUCGGUUCUCUUCACCGUGUAGGAGAACAUUGACGUUUGGUACUUAGCUGUACUUUUACCCAAGAUGUGCCAUGAUUGAGAUUUACAGAGUGUUAAGAAAACAGUACCUGUAAGCUUUUCCUGCCAAACCUGUGGACAUCUGCGCUAAGCCACAUGUAAUAUUUUGACCUGUAACAGGACACAAAUGUGACUCCAAACUUAAUAACUUGAAGCUGCAGCCAGUGUUGCGCAGAUGGUUACUUACUCUAGGGUCUUCCAAAUUUAGAUCCACCCAUACUUUGAAUUUGUCCAUAAGGAUGUUCACUCGCACCAUUUCAAGUUUAUAGUAACUUGGUCUAAAAACUGUUCGCCUACAUCUUAGAUAGUUUAAUACCCCUUUCGUCCAACUCUCAGUCUAAUUCCGAGAUGGUCCGAUUUCCACUUUGUCUUUUCAAUAUGUUCUACUUUGUCAAAUUGAAGAUUUGAUUCCAUAACCAGGGCCCCAUGGCAUACAAGUUACUAUGAUGGUAACUUUGCCAUCCAAUGGUAACUUCCCUGAAAUCCUUGAUUCUGAUUGGCUGCUUAGCAUUGUUACCAUGGUAGUUGCCAUUGGAUGGCAAAGUUCCUAUAAUGGUAACUAUUAUGCAACAGAGCCCAGGUCAACUAAUAAAAAUUGGGUAUAGCCUGACUGGGACUAAGACAAAAUGGUAAAUGGGUCGAAUGGCAUGUGGACCAAAUGGUUAGUACAUGAACUGGUUGUAGGUGAACUGGGAUUAGACCAAAUGGAAAGUGGAACCAAUUGGAUGUAGACUGAGUGACAAUUUACCUUUCAUUAAUGCGCUAUGGGGGUUAAAUGUAUUUAUAAAGGUACUCAUGAGUCAAGUUUGUGAACAAUUGAGAUCUUGAGUACCUAAAAGUGAUUUUUUUCCUUCAAAGGUAUUUAAAAAGUUAGUUUUGGACAAAGUAUCUUAACAGACUACUUUUACGUAUCUUGAAAGGUGUUUUCAUUGUAUGGAUAUUUACUUACAUAUACUCUUACGGUUUUGAAGGCCUAACAUAGUAAGAAAUUACAGGAAAUUAUUUUGUCAUACCAUCGUGAAAUGACCUCACACAUCUAUGAUUGUGUGUGUUAUGCUUAAAGUGUGCUUUGAUGUUGUAUAAAUAUAUAUAUUAUAUAUUCAAGACUUCCAUUGUAAAAAUGAAAAAUUUCGGAAAAUUUAACACACAUCAAAACAGUGUUACAUUUUUUGAACUGUUGAACAGUUGUAGUUAAUGAGAUGAGGAAGAAGUCUUCUUUUUGCCAUUUCUGAGCCUUUACUUCAUCUGUACACAGCAUGUUAAACUUUUCAGCCACAAGCUAAAUACUUGAUAUCACGAGAAAUGAAAUACUACGACGAGAAAUCGUCCCCAAAUCCGAUUAAUGUCAGCAAGUGCUGUCUCCGCAUAUUCAGACGUAGUUCGUAAACAUGCAAAAUAAUAGUGUUUUAAACGGAGACAAAGUUCAUUGAUGAUUACUAUUAUCUCAUUGACAAAAGAGUUUAGAAAGAUAACAAACUCCGUCCCAAUAUUUUGAUCUCUCUUCUCCAUGUACAUCAAGUAACUACUGAAAGAAAUGCUAGUACUUGGGCCAAUAAAGAAUGUUUCUGAAACAAAGACAAAGUUCAUUGAUGAUCGCAGUACAAUUAUCUUAUUGACAAGUAUAGAUAACAAACUCCACCGUAAUAUUUUGAUCUCUCAUCAGGCAACUACUGAAAAAAAAUCUAGCACUUAAGAAUGUUUCUAACCAGAGACAAAGGUCAUUGAUGAUUACGAUUAUCUCAUUAACAAAGAGUUUAGAAAGAUAACAAACUCCGUCCCAAUAUUUUGAUCUCUCAUCAGUUAACGACUGGAAGAAAUGCUAGCAUUUGGGCUGAUAAACUUUUGUAUACAAAGUGCAGUACCCUCUAACAGACCUGCCAACCAGUACGUUUUGUUAAAACCAGGGUGAAGAUAUUCACAUUUUUAAUGUUUUUUUUUUUCAUCUGCAAGAGCAGUGCGCAUUUUAGCUUGCAUGCAGCUUGAGCGCCGCGAUGAGCGAGUGCGCCAAGCAUUUUAUUAUGAAAUACACUUUUUUGGGGAAAUUUUUUUUUUAAAAUCACAGAAUACAGUUUUUCAUUCCCAGAGGUUGGCAGGUCUGCAUAUUUAUCUCACACGGUAAAAAUACUGAUUUUUUUGUCAAAAUACUGAUUUUUGGGGAUAAGAAUACUGAAAAUGCAAAAUACAACUUGGCAGCUCUGCUCUAAUCAAAUAUUUAUGAUAAUGACUUGCUGUUUUGUUGUCUUCACCGAUGCUGGGGGAUGUUUCACAAAGAGUCAAGUGUGACGUAGAGUCGCACUUGAAUUCCCAGUUGCAUGUGGUAUAAAAGGCAUCACCGUAUUGGUCAUUCAUGAGAAGAGGACGAGCGUUGCUUGUGAUCAAUGAGAUUGUGCAUUUCAUAAUAUGCCCUUGCGGCACUAAGCACAACUUUAAAUCGGACACUUAAAACCUUUGUGAAACACCCCCAGAAAUGCAGUGCUGCUUUGAUAGUGUAUGUGUAUCUCAAAGUCUGAAAACAUAGAUAAUGGUUUUAAGCAUUUAUUGCUGAAUUCAUGUCUUUUCUCAUGGCUGUGUACUUGUGACGCAGUGCUGAAAGUUUUACAAAAUGAAAGAUGUUCAGGGUUUCGGAAAACCUGCCGUCAUCUAAUUACAUUCUUUCUUUGCUUUAGGCUAUUUAUUGGUCAUCUAGCAAUACAUGUAGGUUAUCCUAUUUGAAACCAACUGGGUUCAUUUUGCAGAUACAGUACCUUGCAGGUUAUAUUAAGUUUAAUGAAUUUAAUGAUUAUGUCUUGCUGUCCAACAUAUUUAUUAUUUUUCCUUCCAAGCUUUUCAUGUUAAUUUAUCUAUUUACAGUUAUCUUCCGUUUCUGUUAGCUGCUUUGUCAAUUUGCCUCAAUUUUUGUUUGCUGCUUCAUUUAAUUUCUUUGGAAGGAAAGGAAUUUCUUGUCUGGAUUACAAUGUGCCAUUAAUCCAGUGUCUAAUAUAACUCAUACCUGCCAAGUAUUCCUAAUAGGUAGGAACAUUCUUAUUUUGGGGAAUGAAAAUUGCCAUCUUAACGUGUGUUCUGUCAGAAAAACAAACUAUGUAGUAAUGAAUGGGGAAUUUAUGAAUGUUCCUACUUCUGGGAAUUGUGUAAUCUGUUCCUAUGUGUUCCUAUGUGUUGGCUGUCUCGGGUGGCAGGUAUGAAAUUAAAUCAGAUUUAGAGGUGUUUGUACCAUAAUACAGCUACAUGUAGAUAAAAGUAUGUGUACAAUCGACCUUUGAUAAAGCAAACAAUCACCAAAGUUGAAUUGAAUUCUAGGGCAUACUGCAAAUCAUGUUUUAUUUACCUCUUCUAUGUCAGAUUUUGCCCAGGUUCAACAGAUAUUUGUGUUUCCAGUACAUGCAGGUUUGAAUUUGAUUGCCUCACUUGUAGUUAUUUAUUAAAAAGUGGUUCAUCAGAACUUGCCAUGUUUAGAGUAAGGGUGAUGCUUCAUCAACAAUAUUCAGGGAGUGAAAAAACAUGGCUGCCCCCAAACUGAGAAAUUGGAUCAUCUUGCCUUUGACAUCUCUUAGUGCGUCAUCAAGGGUAUCCCUGUGAACAUUUGGAGGGAACUAGCAUCUGUCACCUGAUAAAAUUUAUUCUUAUCAUGAUUUUUAGAUAACUGUGUACAUGGGUAUGAAAAUCCAUAGAUGUGUCCAUGGUAUUAUAGGGCUGACAAGAAGCAUUUCACAAUUCUUGGGUCUGCUUUGUAAAGACUAGUGAUGGAUCCUAUUAAAAGGUGAAUCAAGAUUUCUAAAGUUCCUGUCAAGUAGACAAUUUGAAUUAUUAUUAUAUAUUGAGUUUAAUUUUAAUCUACUGCAACUCUUUGUAAGAUGGAUCACAGUAUCUUUCAAUCAUUUCCACCUGGUUCAUCCCAAUUUCACUAAGUUCUUAACAUGGUUAGUAUACUUAGGAUGCACACAAUUCAUGAAUUGAAGUUGUGACCUAGUUGAAAUUCUGGUUUGGAAAUAAAAUUACUUUUUUGGAAGAAUGAUGAAAAGGCUUAUUUAGACACAAUGAAAUAAGCUCGGCAACAUUUUGCUGUACAAAGUCAAAGGGAUGUUUUCAAUAGACUCCAUUAGGUUAAAUCACUACACAAGUAUAUUUGACAUCGAAAGAGAAGUAAAAUGGUAUAAAGAUAUUUUCUAAUGUAUUCACAUUUUUCCAUUUUAAACAUGGGAUGAGUCUGUUUGACUUCUUUAUGGUCACGAUAUGGGAGUCCCAAGAAGCUGCCAUUCAUAUUGGGAAGAUACAACAAUACACAUAUUUUUAUGUUUGUCAUGUUCAUUAUGUGUAUGUUAUAUAUAUUUCAGAAAUUACUUAUGUUUCACAAUGUAAGUAGUUUAGAUGCCAACAGAAUGCAAUUAUGUGAGUGAUUCAACCAAACUAUGUAUAAAUGGCAAUACAUAUUGUGAUUUCUACUCAGAUUUAUGUAUCUUUGCGUCACAUAUGAAAUCUUUUAUCUUAAUGAAUAAAAUUGUAUUGAAAUUUA